AAACAGACAUUACUGCAUUCAAAAGUUCUGAAAUUCUGGAAUGAAAGCGCUACUACACACACACACACACACACACACACACAGUGUAAUUAGCACAGAGAUGUACAGGGUCUCUCACACACAACCACACACACAGCAGGACGGGGUCUGGCCCUGUGGAAACACUCUUACUGUUAAUGAAUAUUUUUGGAGUGGUUUGGGGCGCACUGCCAGCCUGGCUGCCUGCCUCAGCCUCUAGAGACAGGACUGUAGCCGUAGCGCUCUCGAGACCCGGGUUUGAGUGAGGGUGCAUGUGUGCGUGUCUGUGUUACUGUGUAUGCAUGUGUGUCGGAAUGUGAAUGCGUAUCUGAAAGGCUGAAUCGCUGUGGGAGGGAGAUUUGAUGUUUCAAAGAAGUGCUGAAUAGUGGACACACAGGAAGGCGGCUCCCACAUGCUGAUAUAUUACCUUUAUUUAACCAGAUGAGUAAUAAUAAUAAUAAUAAUAGCUAUUGCAGAGCUUGAACAUGUCAUUUGUAACCUACAGAACUGCAGGCUGUAGCAGGAUCAUGCCUAUGGUGUUGGGUGACUAUAUAGCAAAUAUAGCAGGUUUCAAGGGAAGGGGAUGUGAUCCAACAGCUGGAACUAGUUUUGGGGACUGUAAACAAACUAGAACGCCUGCGUCCUUUCUGAUUGAGCAGAGUUCACAAGAGUUAAACUAUCAAACACGGAAUUCAAGGAAUGCUAUUUCAGAGUAGAACUGAGCAGUCCAGUGAAGCUCUCAGAUAUUCUAUAGUUUUAAGCAGAGCUGGCGUCUUUCUUGAAGCUGCACUCGCACAGUCAGUGCCCUUCACUAAUCGCAGGCUCCUGCUCCUGCUCUAUAUCGAUAGGUGCAGAGGUGCCCAGGUAUUGGCAAGCUACCACCUCAGCCCCACAGCCUCUGUGAUCUGCUGCACUCCCUCUACCCCUCCAAGCUCCAAGAGCAGGGUCCUUGGAGAAACAUUAAUUCCGCUUUGCUCACGUCAGAGAGGUUUAAUCCAGGCCCUAAAUAGCCAGGGGGCUGGCAUGUGCACGCGGCAAUCCACCUUUAAAUAGCGCCUGUGUGAAAGAGAGGGUGCAGUAAACACACACAGACAGAGAGAUAGAGAGAGAGAGAGACACUGGACUGCUGAGAGAAGGGAGAAGUCUCAACACUGGGGAACACUACACCUCCACACAGAGGGAAUCCUGUUUGCACACCUCCAGACAGACAGACCUCCUGUAGGAUGAACUUUGCUGCCCAGUUUCUCGACUCUCGCACCAAGAAGAACGACAACCCCAGAGAAACUUCAGAGGAUUAUGACCCCUUCUGGCAAAGGUCAGCUACUACACCUUCUCUCCGCUUCUGAGUGCUCCUUGAGACUCCCAGAGGGUUUAGAGGGUCUCUAUGAUCCAGGAAACGCCUCCUCCUCCUCCUCUCCCCAGGCCUCCAGCUGCCUUAGCCUCGGACUCCAGCCUCCUCCCAGGCCCUCCUCUGCUGCCUCCCUUCCAGACCGUAGUGGCACUCCUCCUUCGCCUCGCUCUCUCACUUGUCCUGCUCCUCUUCUUUAGUGAUGAGGAGCGCAGUGCAGGCAGUAAGCAGGGCUCCCCAUGCUGUGAGGGGCUGUGCCAGAAGGAUGGUCCAAUCAGGAGUAGCCACACACUCCAUCGCUCUGCAUCUAUUGCCCCUGAGAGGCUGAAGGAUUUCGGGGAGGAGGAGUAUCUGAACGGGGAUGUGAAGAGCUGGGAGAUGAAGAUCGUGGGGCUCCCCAAGCGCCUGCUGGGGGAUGCUGCAGAACCCCAGAAACCAGCUGAGCCCCGUCCCACCAGUGCACAGAACCCUCCUGCCUUCAUCCGCUUCGAGGACAUCAGCGCAGCAGCCUUCAAGAUCCAGUGUGGGGUUCAGAAAACACCCUGCACGUACUCGAGGCUCUCAAAGCAGUACGGUGUUGAGCUCUUCCUGAAGAAGGAGCACCUGCACUACACAUGCUCAGUGAAGGAGCGUGGCGUGCUCUACCUGCUGACAUCACUGCGCCAGGACCAGCAGAAGAAGGGUGUGAUCGUGGCCUCAGACAGUAACUUCUCCAUGGCGGUGGCGCACCACGCCUCAGAGCUGCGCAUCCCCGUCUUUGUUAUAAUGGCAGCCAACGUGCCCCCCUCGCGCCCCAAGACCUGCCGUGAGUACGGAGCCAUGGUGAUCUCAUACGGGAGCACCCCGCGAGACUCACAGAGCCACGCUCAGCGCCUCGCUCGGGAGAAUGGCUACCUGUACAUAGAAGAGGAGGACAGCGCUACGUACCUGGCAGGCCUGGGCACUAUGGGGCUGGAGAUGUAUGAGCAGGUGCCCAAGCUGGACGCAGUGAUCCUGCCAGCGGGGGGACACUGCGGGCUACUGGCCGGGACGGCAGCCGCGCUCAAACACCUGAACCCCCGAAUCACCGUCAUUGGGGUGGAGCCAGAGGAUUGCCCUCUCCUGCAGCAGUCUCUGAAGCUGGGCUACCCCAUCAAGGAGCUCCACAGCACCGCCAAUAGGAAGCUCUACGGAGAUCUGGUGGGCCCCCCCUUCGGCAACAAUGCAUUCCUGCUGGCCAAGAAGCUGGUGGACAAAGUCAUCACAGUCAGGGAGGAGGACAUGCUGGUCUCAAUGCUGCGGUUCCAGGAGUAUGAGAGAGCCACCAUCGACCCCGAGGGAGCCAUCGGGUUAGCAGCCAUCCUCGCAGGGAAACUGCCAGAGCUGCAGGGCAAGAGGGUUGCUAUCGCAGUGUGCAGUGCCAGUAUGGAGCUGCCCCUGCUCAGACAGUGUGUGGACCGAGCUCUGGCUCUGGAUGGUCGGGUCAGUAAGUUUGCUGUCCAGCUGGGGGAGUGGCCCGGAGACACGGCCAAGCUACUGGACUUACUGGCCAGAGAGGGCGUGAGGUUGCUGGAUAUCAGUCACGAGAAGCAGUUUACCUCCUCCAGCGUGUUCAAUGUGCAGGUCUCGUGUGUGGUGGAGUCGAGGGACAGGCAGCAGACAACUCAACUGCGCAACGUGCUGACAGAGCGAUACACCACUCUGUGCUGGCAUGAGCGGUGACCACUGGGGGAGCCAGAGAGACACACAGCAACACUGCACACACAAACACACACAGUGACACUGCACAGACACAUAGUAACACUACAAACAUGCACACACACAGUGACACUGCACACACACAGAGUAACACUACAAACAUGCACACACACAGUGACAAUGCACACACACAGAGUAACACUACAAACAUGCACACACACA